AUGUGGACAUCUGUGGUGCUGGCUAUUUGUCUUUUGGUGGCUGGGGUUCAGCCCUUGGAGGACCCAUCAUAUGGGGUGAAGCUUUGUGGCCGUGAGUUCAUCCGGGCAGUCAUCUUUACUUGUGGAGGCUCACGAUGGAGACGGUCGCUCAGGAGUGCAGAUGUUUCAGAGGAGGACCCGUUCAGCUCCCGUCAGGAAGAGUCCUCAGAGGGAAUAAGUCACAAUUCUGUGGUGGAGACGUUGCUACAAAGGAACAGACACCUGGGCCUCUCAUCAAGAGACAACCAAGAGGGAGUGUUCAGCAGGCCGGCCCGUUCUUUCAUCACUGAGGAAAUCCUGGAAGCCUUGCGCAAGGCUGAUCGCAAAGGCCGGGAUGUGGUGGUGGGUCUGUCUAACGCCUGCUGCAAGUGGGGCUGCAGCAAGAGCGAGAUCAGCUCCCUUUGCUGA